AUGGCGCAGGCGCAGGCGCUGGCGUGUGCUCGAGGGCUGAGGCACGCGCGGAGUUUCACCGCCGCGCGCGCGCGUCGUGACGCACCCGUCCGUCCGGUCCCCGCCGCGGCGGGCACAGCGCGUCCCUACGGCGCACACGAGGGCCGAGCUCGGCGGAUGGAGUCUGAGCGCGAUGCGACCGGCGCCGUCGCCAAGAAUACCCUUCACGGCGCCAACCACCCCAGCCUAUCGCUCCGCCUCGUCACCCCCGACGGCGACAGACUCGACGCGGGGGUUGACUUCAACCUCCACGCGUGGCCGCCGGUGCCGUGCGCCAAGUACUUCGACGACCGCGCGUGGAGGGCGGUUGAGUCCUUCGCCGCCCGCGUCGUCCUCGGCGAGGCGUGCGUCUCCUCGCUGGCGCCGGGCGAGAUGGAACCCGCGGGGGUGUGCCCGGGCCGGGGCGUGAACCAGGACGGCACGCGCAUCGAGACGCUCCCGAUGCGAACCAAGGGAUCGCGGGGGCGACGGACGAACGUCAGGGUGCACCUCGCCUACUACGGACCGGCGUUCACCGGAUGGGCGUGGACGCCGGAGAAUGACAAGGACUACACCGACUGCCCGCGCUCGGCGGAUGCGACGAGCGCGAGCGCGAGCGCGAACGCGGAGGACGACGCGGAGGACGACGCGGUGGACGCAGCUCGUGGAUCGAGCACGGAGUGGAGGUACGGCGAGCGCUCCGUCAGCGCCUCCAUCCAGCGCGCCCUCCGGCCGUUGUUCUCGAGCGACAAGGAGCGGCUGAUCCACAGCGCGGGGCGCACGGACAAGGGCGUGCACGCCGCCGCGCAGUGCUUCAGCGUGUGGUCCAACGCGAAGGACACGUUCACCCCUCGCAACGUCCGCGACGCGUUGGUAGCGCACCCGGCGCACGCGGCGGGGGCGUGGCGGGUGGUGGGCGAUGUAGAGGAAGUUUCCGAUGCGUUCCACGCGACGUUUUGCGCGACGUGGCGCCGGUACGUCUACAUCUUGCCAAUGCGGUCACUGGGUGACGAGGAGGAAAACGGCUUGUCAAAUGUCGCGGUGGACCCGGCGGCGACGAACGCGAUGCUUAACGCGCUCGAGGGUAAGUCGAUGGACAUGUCCGCGUUCGCCAGGGCCACGCCUCCGGGUAAGGACUCGACGUGCUUCGUGAAGGUUGCUCGAGCGUUUGAGGCGACGGUGCCCGCUUCAAAGGGAGCCGAGCGGGGCGUCGGACGAGGCGCGAGACGCCGGAAGAGUGCAGGGUUUAGUGAGGACGGGGGAUUGGGAGUGGGUGGCGGGGGUGGCGGGGAUGGCGGGCCCCCCAAUAGCACUAUGGAGCGCGUCCUCGUCGUCGAGCUGGUGGCUGAUCGGUUCCUAAGAAAGAUGGUCAGGACGCUCGUCGCGACGGCGGUGCGAGAGGCGGCGACGGGCGCGCGCGGGGACGUGCUGCUCAGGCUCGCCCGGGCGGGGGAGAGGGCCGCCACGGCACCCCCCGCGCCGCCCGAGGGGCUCAUCUUCGCCGGAGUUGGAUACGGAAAUCACCCGGUUUGGGACGUAGGGGGGCGCGACUGA